CAGGGUUUAUCAUAUGAUUAGCGUUCUGUUUGUUGUCUCUUUUGUUUACUUUUCUUCUUUUGGUUGUUUUCGCGUUUUGUGCUCGCGAUCCAUGAGCCUUCUGGCUCGGACGGAUCUUACGAGCUCGGUACGAAGCUUGUAACAUACAUACAUACAUACAUAUACCUCUGCUAACUGCAACUAUUGCAUUACCAAGCUGUCAUCAUUGCGAACUCACUGCUGUUACUGCCUUGUAAUCAACGCUAGCUUCGCUAAACGGGAUUGAUUCAGCCGCAUAGCCUAGGCCGUCUGCAACACGCUUGAAGCACUCCCCGAUGAGUUCCUUUCGAAGAGCCGGUACUGCUGACACCGGCACCCGCCCGGGGCUUCAUGGCCAGACGCUCGUCUCCAUGGGGCUGGUGGAUCUCGACCGGCUGCUAUCUGGCGGCUUGCCGCUGGGCUCCGUGUUGCUGGUGCUGGAGGAUGCCAGCUCGGGUCAACACCUCAACAUCAUCCGCUACUUUAUCUCGGAAGGCCUCGCUUGUCGUCAGCGAGUGAUGUGGCUGACCACCUCCCCACCCGCGGGGGGUGCGGCCGCCUUCCUUCCCGCGGAUGCAGCCCCCUCGUCUCAGUCCAAGGCAGGCGGGCAGGGGCAGUCCGACCAGCCCCAGCAGCAGCAGCCCGAGCUGCGAAUCGCCUGGCAGUACAAAAAGUACAUCCGAGAGGACGAGGAGGAAGCGGGGGGAGGGCUGUACGGCAGC